AUGACGAUCGACCUCCAACGUUCUGAUUUUAGAGCGAAGCCUCGAAUGUCAAUAGCAGGGAGAAGAACGUACACCGAAGACGAGCUCCAAGCUGCGCUAAGGGACAUCCAGUCGGGCAAGUUGGGAACCCGACGAGCCGCCGUCAUAUACGGCAUUCCCCGUUCGACACUCCGGAACAAAGUCUACAAAUUGGCAAUGGAACGAGAACGGGAGUCCCAUUUGAACACGUCGACGCCACUGAAAAUUGACGAAGAAGAAAACAUAGACGACGAAAAAGAAUUAUCCGGGGCCGAAGAAGAGAAAGAGGUCGAGAAAGCCCUCCAAGCUCCGCUCCUUUCGAUGGCCGACAUCCUACGAUUUUCCACCCUCGAUAACCAAGAAGCUCUCAAACACUUGUUGCAAAGAAGCAAAGAAGGUCAUGACGUUCUGACCGGUCUGGAGCACAGUGCGAUGGGACCGUACAUUCAAAAUCUGAUUCUGGCCAGCGGGAAUCUAUUUCCCGGUCAAAAAAUCGUCCCCGAAAGCGAAACGACAAACCCAUUACUACCGGAAUUUCUCAAGAGGAUGAUGGUAGAAGACCAUUUCAAAGAGCAAUUGAUACGGAGCCAAACGAACAACGGAGAAAACGACAAAAUAAGCAGGCCGAGUCCCUCGAACUCGGUCCUGGCGCGCUCCGAAAAGUCCAGGUCAGAAUCGGACAUGGAAACCGACGAGUCACCUUCUAAUGUGAUACUUAAAAUUCCGUCCUUCAAGCCAACCACGAGUAAAAAUGGAACGGAGGUGUUAAAAACAGCAACAACAAACUUAGCAGCAGCAGCAGUAGCAACAGAACCGAGUGUAAUUGUUUCGCCGCCGAUCGCGAAAGAAUCCGCCUCGCCGCCAAUUCUGCCGGGACGUGAAAUGACGCUGAAAGACGUCAAGGACGUCGUAGCAAGGACUAUAUGCCAAAAGUUUCAGCAAACGCCCGAACCGAUGCGCAUCCCUCACAUGAUGGACAUCGAUUAUAAACGGGGCGGAUUCACUCCUCCGAUGUCUAACAUUCAAGGCAUGAAAACGCAGCAGGACAUUGCCCGACCCUAUCAACCACCGCCACCUCCGCCGAAACCAACUCAAUCCACAACCUGUACGACCACGACAACUACGGGGGGGAAAGGAACGAGGCCGAAACGCGGUAAAUACAGGAACUAUGACAGAGACAGCCUGGUAGAAGCAGUCAGAGCGGUGCAAAGAGGGGAAAUGUCCGUGCACCGGGCUGGCAGCUACUACGGCGUGCCACAUUCCACAUUAGAAUAUAAAGUCAAAGAAAGGCAUCUGAUGAGGCCGAGAAAAAGGGACCCGAAACCGAAUCCAGUAGACGAGAAGAUCGCUUCUUUGAAACAGAACGAUUUACGAAAUGCAGCCGAAAAAAUGAAAACAACUGUGAUGAAACCGCCGCAAACGAAAUUCCCCACCUCACCAAACGGUAUGAAACUGCCAAUUUUCGAUCCCACCAUGACUCCUCUAGGGUACACUCCGCCACCUUUCCCUUUCUGGCCGCAUCCCAGUUUUCCACACAUUCCCAUGGAUUACGGUCGUAGUCCUUCAGCUACUUCGUUUCCACCGAACCCUGAACAAUAUUUUGCAACUCAAAUGAUGCAAAAAUUACAAGAAGACUCGAACAAGACUCAAAACUGUAACGUUCCGGCGUCGGCCAUCAAUUCGAUUCCCAAUUUGCCUAAAAGUGCCAGGCAAAUGGCGGAAUCGUUACUCGAUAGCUCGGGAACGAACGGAUCAUUCCUGGACGGCAUCAUAAGAUCCAGUUUGGAAUCAGGUGUGCCGUCGUCAAACGACGAAACGUCACCGAAAGACGAGAAAAACUUAGCACCGGAAAACAUGUCGAACAAAGCGUUGCUCGAACAGUUAUGCCGUAACAGUAGAUUAACGCCAUUAACAAAACCGAAUCUGACGGAAUCAAACAGCUCAACGGAAGAGAACUUUCGUAAGAACGCGAGUCCGCUUAAUUUUAGCAGUACAAUGAGCGACGAACAUUCGUCUGGUAGUGGUUUACACUCGAACCAAGGUGGUCGCACCGAUCGCGAAUGUUCUCCGCGGGGAGACCAUUCCGACGUGCCGACGAUAGAGCUCUCGAACGAUUCAAACGAAUCCACGACGACGGAUCAACCGCGCAACAACGGGCAAACUCAGGAAGAACGGAAAACGAUCCCAACAGCGAGAAUUUUUCUGAAACAAGAACUGACAAAAGUGGAGAACCUCAAGCCCGAGAUGCUGGUCCGUUUUCGUGACGCAUUGCACGACGUCGACCGGAACGGUACCGGAGAAUCUGCAACAGGAAGUGCCUCAGAAUCGGAUGCGGCUCAAGACUGACAUCAGGUUAACGUUUGCGCAAGGUUUUUAUACUGAGGAAUCAACAUUCCUCGCGGUUAUAUUGUUGAAACGUUUCCAGUUCGGAAACUUAUGGUUGUUGUCACAAGAGGUCGAUGACGGUGUUUGUUGAUUAUUAUUAUGAUUAUUAUUAUUAUUAUUAUUAUUUGUAUUGUUUCUGUUGCAGUUAGAAUAGUGAAUUUUAAAAGAGCGUUCUGUUUGCGGAACUUUCCACACCGAAUCGACUCGACUUGACUGUUGAUCGAACUUCUCUCCUUGCUUUCAUCGGUAAGUUUUUCAAAACAUAAAGUAUUUAGAUGCCCGUCCCUCUACAGAAAACAAUACGUAUUUUUUCCAUUGAAAUACAAAUACUAGGGACAAUCUUUAAAGAAUUCUACGAAAAAUUAAAAAUAAAUUAGUUUUGGUAUUAGACCGUUAACAUUCGUUAAAAAUUAAUUUUUCGAUUCUCUAUUACAAAAAGAACAGCACCGAUUGCUAUCCAGAAAGUUACUGAAAUACCACCGAAAGAGCGACGCAUUUAUACUAAAAAAGCGC